CCCCCGCUGCCGUGUCCCCUGCGACCGGCCCGCCGCGUCCCGCAGCCCCUGCCUCCCGCGGGCCGAUGCCGGCGCGCAUCGGCUACUAUGAGAUCGACCGCACCAUCGGCAAGGGCAACUUUGCUGUGGUCAAGCGGGCCACGCACCUCGUCACCAAGGCCAAGGUUGCUAUCAAGAUCAUAGAUAAGUCCCAGCUGGAUGAAGAGAACUUAAAGAAGAUUUUCCGGGAAGUUCAAAUUAUGAAGAUGCUCUGCCACCCCCACAUCAUCAGGCUUUACCAGGUUAUGGAGACAGAGCGGAUGAUUUAUCUGGUGACAGAAUAUGCUAGUGGAGGGGAAAUAUUUGAUCACCUGGUGGCCCAUGGCAGAAUGGCAGAAAAGGAAGCCCGUCGCAAGUUCAAGCAGAUCGUCACAGCCGUGUAUUUUUGUCACUGUCGGAACAUUGUUCAUCGUGAUUUAAAAGCUGAAAAUUUGCUUCUGGAUGCCAAUCUUAAUAUCAAAAUAGCAGAUUUUGGCUUCAGUAACCUCUUCACUCCUGGACAGCUGCUGAAGACCUGGUGUGGCAGUCCUCCCUAUGCUGCACCAGAACUCUUUGAAGGAAAGGAGUAUGAUGGACCCAAAGUGGACAUCUGGAGUCUUGGAGUUGUCCUGUAUGUGCUUGUGUGCGGUGCCCUGCCAUUUGAUGGGAGCACACUGCAGAAUCUGCGGGCCCGGGUGCUGAGUGGAAAGUUCCGCAUCCCAUUUUUUAUGUCCACAGAAUGUGAACACUUGAUCCGCCACAUGCUGGUGUUAGACCCGAAUAAGCGCCUCUCCAUGGAGCAGAUCUGCAGGCACAAGUGGAUGAAACUAGGGGAUGCCGAUCCCAACUUUGACAGGUUAAUAGCUGAAUGCCAACAACUGAAGGAAGAAAGACAGACAGAUCCCCUGAAUGAAGAUGUCCUCUUGGCCAUGGAAGACAUGGGACUAGACAAAGAGCGUACACUACAGUCAUUAAGAUCAGAUGCCUAUGAUCACUAUAGUGCAAUCUACAGCCUGCUGUGUGAUCGACAUAGGAGACAUAAAACCCUGCGUCUCGGAGCACUUCCUAGCAUGCCCCGAGCCAUGGCAUUUCAAGCACCAGUCAAUAUCCAGGCGGAGCAGGCAGGAACAGCUAUGAGCAUCAGUGUGCCCCAGGUGCAGCUGAUCAACCCGGAGAACCAGAUCGUGGAGCCGGAUGGGACAUUAAACUUGGACAGCGAUGAGGGUGAAGAGCCCUCCCCUGAGGCCUUGGUCCGCUAUUUGUCAAUGAGGAGGCACACAGUGGGUGUGGCUGACCCACGCACGGAAGUUAUGGAAGAUCUGCAAAAGCUCCUACCUGGCUUUCCUGGAGUCAACCCACAAGCUCCAUUCCUUCAGGUGGCCCCUAACAUGAACUUGAUGCACAACCUGUUGCCCAUGCAAAACUUGCAGCCAACUGGGCAGCUUGAGUACAAGGAGCAGUCUUUGUUACAGCCGCCCACUCUACAGCUACUGAAUGGAAUGGGCCCCCUUGGCCGGAGGGCAUCAGAUGGAGGAGCCAAUAUCCAGCUGCAUGCCCAGCAGCUGCUGAAGCGCCCACGGGGACCCUCCCCACUUGUCACCAUGACACCAGCAGUUCCAGCAGUUACCCCUGUGGAUGAGGAGAGCUCGGAUGGGGAGCCAGAUCAGGAAGCUGUGCAGAGGUACUUGGCAAAUAGGUCCAAAAGACAUACACUGGCUAUGACCAACCCUACAGCUGAGAUCCCACCGGACCUCCAGCGGCAGCUAGGACAGCAGCCUUUCCGAUCCCGGGUCUGGCCUUCUCACCUGGUACCUGAUCAGCAUCGCUCCACCUACAAGGAUUCCAACACCCUGCACCUCCCUACGGAGCGUUUCUCCCCUGUGCGCCGGUUCUCAGAUGGGGCUGCAAGCAUCCAGGCCUUCAAAGCUCACCUGGAAAAAAUGGGCAACAACAGCAGCAUCAAACAGUUGCAGCAGGAGUGUGAGCAGCUGCAGAAGAUGUACGGGGGGCAGAUUGAUGAAAGAACCCUGGAGAAGACCCAGCAGCAGCAUAUGUUAUACCAGCAGGAACAGCACCAUCAAAUUCUCCAGCAGCAGAUUCAAGAUUCUAUCUGUCCUCCUCAGCCUUCCCCACCUCUUCAAGCUGCAUGUGAAAAUCAGCCAGCCCUCCUCACCCACCAGCUCCAGAGGUUAAGGAUUCAGCCUUCAAGCCCACCUCCCAACCACCCCAACAACCAUCUCUUCAGGCAACCAAGUAAUAGCCCUCCCCCAAUGAACAGUGCCAUGAUCCAGUCUCACGGUGCUGCAGCUUCCUCUCAGUUUCAAGGCUUAACCUCCCGCAGUGCAGUCUUCCAGCAGCAGCCUGAGAACUGUUCUCCUCCCCCCAACAUGGCACUAACUUGCUUGGGGAUUCAGCAGCCUACCCAGUCACAGCAGGUGACCAUCCAAGUACAAGAGCCAGUUGACCUACUCAGCAACCUGCCAGUGACGGCUGCAGGUUCCGCUGGGCGGGGCAUCUCCAUCAGCCCCAGUGCCAAUCAGAUUCAGAUGCAGCACCGUACCAACCUGAUGGCCAACUUCAGCUAUGGGCACCGACCCUUAUCCAAGCAGCUAAGUGCUGACAGUGCAGAGGCCCAUAGCUUGAACGUGAAUCGAUUCUCCCCAGCUAACUACGACCAGGCGCAUUUACACCCCCAUCUGUUUUCGGACCAGUCCCGGGGUUCCCCCAGCAGCUACAGCCCUUCACCAGGAGUGGGGUUCCCUCCAACCCAAGCCCUGAAAGUCCCUCCACUUGACCAAUUCCCCACCUUCCCUCCCAGUGCACAUCAGCAGCCGCCACACUAUACCACAUCGGCACUACAGCAGGCCCUGCUGUCCCCCACGCCGCCAGACUAUACCAGACACCAGCAGGUACCCCACAUUCUUCAAGGACUUCUCUCUCCCCGGCAUUCACUCACUGGCCAUUCGGACAUUCGGCUGCCCCCAGCAGAGUUUGCACAGCUUAUGAAAAGGCAGCAGCAGCAACGACAACAGCAGCAGCAACAACAGCAAGAGUACCAAGAAUUGUUCAGGCACAUGAACCAAGGUGAUGGUGGGAGUCUGGCCCCCAACCUUGGGGGACAAAGUAUGACAGAGCACCAGGCUUUAUCCUAUCAAAAUGCUGACUCAUACCACCACCACCACACCAGCCCCCAGCAUCUUCUGCAAAUCAGGGCACAAGAAUGUAUCUCGCAGGUGUCCUCACCUGCCCCAACCCAUAGGUAUGCUCAUCAGUCAACACUCGUGCACUCAGAGAGCAUGGAGGAGGACUGCUCGUGUGAGGGGGCCAAAGAGGGUUUUCUGGACAGCAAGAGUUCAAGUUCACUGACCAAAGGUUGCCACGACAGCCCUCUACUCUUGAGUACUGGUGGACCUGGGGAUCCUGAGUCUUUGCUAGGAACUGUGAGUCAUGCCCAAGAAUUGGGGAUACAUCCUUAUGGACAUCAGUCGACUGCUGCAUUCAAUAGAAAUAAGGUGCCCAGCCGAGAGUCUGUCAUAGGGAACUGCAUGGAUAGAAGUUCUCCAGGACAAGCAAUGGAGCUGCCAGACCACAAUGGGCUUGGGUACCCAGCACGGCCCUCAGUCAAUGAGCACCACAGGUCCCGCACCCUCCAGAGACACCACACGAUCCAGAGCAGUGAUGAUGCUUAUGUGCAGCUGGAUAACUUGCCAGGAAUGAGUCUUGUGGCUGGGAAAGCACUUAGUUCUGCCCGGAUGUCAGAUGCAGUUCUCAGUCAGUCUUCUCUCAUGGGCAGCCAGCAGUUUCAGGAUGGGGAAAAUGAGGAAUGUGGGGUGAAUCUGGGAGGUCACGAGCACCCAGACCUGAAUGAUGGCAGCCAGCAUUUAAACUCCUCUUGCUAUCCAUCUACGUGUAUUACAGACAUUCUGCUCAGCUACAAGCACCCUGAGCUUUCCUUCAGCAUGGAGCAGGCAGGCGUGUAACAGGAAACAGAGGUUGUGUACAACUUGGGAAUGAGAAGGUUGAUUUUAAACCAACAGUAUCUAGCAGCACUGCGCCAAAUUGCCAUUGUGUUUCUCUCCACCCAAAAUACCAUGGCUGUUUCCUCACAUUGACUCAUCAGUGUGCUGUUCUUUGGGGUUUCAAAGGGGUCUGCCAUGUUUGAUUGUAUGACCAAGUCACCAAGGAAAUAAACAGGAAAUCCAUGUUCUCCAUCUUUUGUGGAAGUGUA